GUCGGUGGUCUAUAUUGAAUUUUUGGUUUCGAAUCGAAAGAACAAAACCUUUUUAAUGGAUGUUUUGUGGUGUAAUAACGCAUAAGUUCAAUAAAUAAUUGAUAUCUGAUGAUUUAAUAUUUCAGGCUAAGUACACACAAUCAUCAAAAUGUCAACAAAGAAAUCCCCACGAGCCAUGCCAGUGGAAACGAUAAUAACUCGAAACAAAUCACGGACACAGCAAUCCGUUCAACAAUCACAGAACAAAAACAUCACGAAGCCUAUAUCACCAAAAUCUAAACCCACAAUGAAAGCUAUGAAACAGUAUCCUCAGAAAUCAAAAGCAGUCAAAUCAAAGGAUGUUCAAAAGAGUUCCGUUAAAACUAAUGAUGUUAAUAGUCGUGAGUUCUAUCCUGAUAGACCCAAAAGGAAUAUAGAGUAUGAGAAAGUUGUUCUUAAACCCAAGCAUUGUAUGAAGAUGAUUGGUGGGACGAAAAGUUGUAAUAAACGGAAGCUACAUAUGCCACAAAAAGAAACAAAACGCAUCAGGCACAACUCAAACUCGUCAACGCCAAGCGACAAUGAACCUAAAUCCCCCAAACCUAAGGAUCAAGAUGCAGAGUUGACUAUCAAAGACAUGGUGCUUUUGAUUGAGGAAGAGGGAGGUCUGAACGAUGAGGACCUGUUGGAGAUAUUGACUUGCCCCAGCCCCGUGUGGUGGGAGGACCCCCCUGAUGGAUAUAUAGAAGAACCAAUAUUCGCAAGGCCAAAACCAGCAGAACGGAAGAGCAUCAAAAACCAACUUCUAGAAGAGCAGAAUAAAGAAGCGGAAAGAAGGAAACUGAGGGACGAGGAAUUGACUUUGAAAGCCAGAAACACAGAAAACUUGGAUGUAUCAAAACUAGGUAUUAGCGUUGAGAAUCGUAGUAUUAAUUUCAUGAAUAAACGUGGAAAGUUAGAAUCAUUGUUAAGUAGUAUUAGAAAUAAAGUAAAAGGGGAUAAUGGUGUUCUUAAGGAAAAAGACAUAACUGCUAAUUUAAAUGCCAAUGAUGAGAAAAAUGAUAAAAAUGAUAAAAACGUUAAUCGCGAUGCUAAUAAAAGUCAAAGUACAGAAUCAAAACAGGAAACUUUAACUAAAGAAAUGGCUAUGGAAAGUAUUGAAAAAUGCGACAAUAAAGUUAAUCUAAACAGAAAUAAAAAUCCAGGACUUGAAAUUAGACAAAAAAAUAUUAAAAAAUGUCAUAAGAACGAUAAAAAUGAAACAACUUACAAACUAAGGGCAUCUUAUAAACGUAAAGGAAUAAAAAACAGAAAUAAAAAAUUUGAAAAUAAAACAAAACGGCAAACCGGAGUAUUGGUACGGAAGGAAAUCAUAAAUAUUGAUGAAAAUCUUGAUAAUAGUGGAAAUAAAAAUCAAAAUGUGGCAUCUACAUCGGAAAGUGAUAAAAGUAACAUAUAUGAUGCAGACGUCACAAAAGGUAAUAGAGAAAAGACAAGCUCUGAAUCCUUGGAAGAAAAACUGAUGGACAUCAUAAAUAUUGAUGAAAACCUUGAUGAUAGUGCAAAUAAAAAUCAAAAUGUAGAAUCUACACCGGAAAGUGAUAAAAAUUGGAUCAAAAGUAACAUAAGUCAUGAAAAUGAAACCAAAGAUAGUAGAGAAAAGACGAGCUCUGAAUCAUUGGAAGAAAAACUGAAGCAAGUCAUAAAUGUUGAUGAAAACUUUGAUGAUACUGCAAAUAAAAAUCAAAAUGUAGAAUCUACACCGGAAACUGAUAAAAAUUGUGUCAAAAGUAACAUAAGUCAUGAAGAUGAAACCAAAGAUAGUAGAGAAAAGACGAGCUCUGAAUCAUUGGAAGAAAAACUGAAGCAAGUCAUAAAUGUUGAUGAAAACUUUGAUGAUACUGCAAAUAAAAAUCAAAAUGUAGAAUCUACACCGGAAACUGAUAAAAAUUGUGUCAAAAGUAACAUAAGUCAUGAAGAUGAAACCAAAGAUAGUAGAGAAAAGACGAGCUCUGAAUCAUUGGAAGAAAAACUGAAGCAAGUCAUAAAUGUUGAUGAAAACUUUGAUGAUACUGCAAAUAAAAAUCAAAAUGUAGAAUCUACGCCGGAAACUGAUAAAAAUUGUGUCAAAAGCAACAUAAGUCAUGAAGAUAAAACCAAAGAUAGUAGAGAAAAACUGAAGCAAGUCAUAAAUGUUGAUGAAAACUUUGAUGAUACUGCAAAUAAAAAUCAAAACGUAGAAUCUACACUGGAAACUGAUAAAAAAUUUGACAAAAGUAAUAUCAAUCAUAAAGAUGUAAUAAGAGGUUAUAUAGAAAAGGGAAUUUCUGAAUCCUUGGAAGAAAAAUUGAUGGACAUCAUAAAUAUUGAUGAAAACCUUGAUGAUAGUGCAAAUAAAAAUCAAAAUGUAGAAUCUACACCGGAAAGUGAUAAAAAGUGUGUCAAAAGUAACAUAAGUCAUGAAGAUGAAACAAAAGAUAGUAGAGAAAAGACGAGUUCUGAAUCAUUAGAAGAAAAACUGAAGCAAGUCAUAAAUGUUGAUGAAAACUUUGAUGAUACUGCAAAUAAAAAUCAAAAUGUAGAAUCUACACUGGAAACUGAUAAAAAAUUUGACAAAAGUAAUAUCAAUCACGAAGAUGUAAUAAGGGGUAACAGAGAAAAGAGAAGUUCUGAAUCAUUGGAAGAUGAUCUAUUGGAAUUAGAAGACCACGAAAUACUCAGUUUAGAAAACAUGGAAAUACCUGUCGCUCCUAACAACGCAACAAAUCCAGGAAAAGUAAGCAAAUUAUGUCAAUAUAAACAAAAUGAAACAAUUAGUUCCAAGGCAAAUACAACUAAUAAAAUGUCUGCUAAAAUUAGAGAUGCCAUAACAGAUAAUCGUUUAGGUUCCAAAAUCAAUGAUUUUAUCACUGAAAAAGGAGAAAAUUGUACCAAAAAAAAAUUUAAAAUUAAUUUUAAUAAGAUAAAUAAAAAAACCGAUAUUGAUGCCACUAAUCGUAAAAUAUUACAUAUAAAUACAACUAAGCGAGUAAAAUUAAUCAAAAAUAAAGUCUCAUAUAUACAAGUCAAAAAAAUUGAAACUUUAACAAGUUUGAAUGGAAAAUGUACAAACGAAAUUAUUUCAAGCAUAACUUUGCCUAAUAACGAUGUUGAUGUAAAAAAGGCUACCGGAAGCAAAAAAGGUUGCUUAAAUAAUCCUACUCUUGUCAAAAUUCUAGGAAAAUCCAACUUCGCAAGUAACAAUGUCACCUUAAGCAGUAGAAAAUCGUCGGUUAAAUCAAAUAAAUCAAAUCACGUAAGCGACAGGAAUCAAGCAGAUGCAUGUAAUAUGAAUACUGAAAUUACAAAUGAUAGCAUGAAAGAAUUGGAAAGCCUGAAAAAUGUGAAUCGUUUACGCGAAAUGAAUACUCCUGUGCUACAACAAGACGCUUGUAUUGAAAUCCAAGAUGAUGAUGAUGAUGAUGAUUUAAAUAAUCAUAUAGGUAAAACCAACAAUACAACUGUUCAAAUUAAAAAUGUAGGCGGAAAUGAUACUUCUAUUCAAGUUAAAACAACCGAAAAUCAUGCUCAAGAUAAAAAUGUUAGAAGGCAUUCUAUAGAUUCUGCUACGAGCGACAAAAAUAUGUCCGUAGAGUAUCUAGAUAUGAGUUUAUUAGAUGAAGAUGAACGUAAAAUGGAUCUAGAAAGUCGAAAUACUGAAUUCAUUUAUGAAAGUGAUGAUUACCAAUCACAAACUGGCAGUCAAAGUGGUAAUAAAAAAAAUCAUAUAAAUUUUAAGUCUGAUCUAGAUAUGACUGAUUCAAAUAUGUAUGACCAAAUCAACGAAUCGUGUAACAAUGAUAUAAUUAAAUAUAUCAGAGAUAAUCGUGAUGAGGAUACUAUUCAAGAUACCAUAGAUAAUGAAACACUCAACGAAGAUUUCAUGAUUAAUAAUACAUUUAGAUCUUCAAGUCCAAUCAAAGACAAUGCAAAUAGAUUGUCUCAAGAUAAAGCCAAUUCAAAUGGAGAUAAAGAAACGGAAUAUGUAACCGUUUACAAAGUUGUAAAUAGCGAUUCUGAAAAAGAAAGUAAUUUAACCAAAAUUAAUGAAGUGAAAAGCGGUACAAUAACUGAAAUUAAUGAAGUUAUAAAUAAAACGAAAUCCAAUGAAUCCAAGAUAAUGGCAGCGAAUGAAGAAGGUUUAGUAGAAAAUAAUGGGAUUGCUGAUUCUGAAUUAAUUACUUAUGAGGAAGAGUAUUUAACGGAGUUUGAUGAAGAGGAAAAUGUUGGAAAUUUAACUCAAAUCGAUGAAGUCAACAAUACUGCACUAAAUGUAAAUAAUGAAGCACAUUUGACUAAUUCUAAUGUAAGCAAUGAAGUCGUUAUCAAUGUACAUAAUCAAGGGAAUUCAAUUAAUACAAACGUAGGAAACGCUAUAGAAAAAAUUAAUAAUACAGUAGAUUUAACGGAAAUCAAUGAAAUUCCAGACACAGUUGAAGAUGUAUUAAAAAAUCAAGAUAAUUUAAGUAAUCGAGAUCACUCAAAAAUAACCGAUAGAUCUAAGCUUACAAACAAUUAUUACAAGCAUCAAAAAGAUAUAUGUAAAAAGAAAAAAAGUGACGAAAUUAUUUCUAACGGCAAACCAAAGAAAGAAAAUCAUGAAAACGAAAUCAAAAUCGACUGUAAAUCAUGCAAUUUUAAAAACAAAUCGAUUUUGAUAUCAGAAAAUGAAAAUAUUAAAUAUUGCUUACAGUGCUCCUCUAUAUAUGAUACUGAUAAAUGUAAAUAUUGUAUUAAGAAAUUAAAAAAGGAAUGCUCGUGCGAUAAUGUUACUUUAAAAUAUGUUUGUGACAAAUGUCACAUGAAAGUGGAUGAUAAAGAGGCCAUUAUAGAACACUUGAAACAGAAUUGUAAUGAAUGAUUUCAGGCUUGUUUCGUGGCUUAACAACAUAUUGGUAUAAAUGAUUGCACCUCUAGAGUAUUUGCAGCUUUUUCUUACCAAUGUAAUAAGAAAAGGACAUACCAACUUUAUUUAUUUUGAACUGUAAUUCAAAUUCAAUGAUUUAUUCAAUAAAAUGUAGGUACAAUAUGUUUAAAUAAUGUCUG